CAGACAGACAGACAGACAGACAGACAGACAGACAGACAGACAGACAGACAGACAGACAGACAGACAGACAGACAGACAGACCCCUGCCAACCCACCACAGAACAGACAUACUCACACCAACCCUAAAACACUCUCCCCCGUGCAGUGUGGUUGUACCAGAAAAACUGGACGGAGACAAAAACAUGGAUGCAGAGAAAACAGAAGAAUGAAGAGGGAAGCAGAAGAAGAAAGAAGGAAAAGAAAGACGACUUAAUAGAAUAAUAUAUACUAUGAGGAGAACAGAAAACAGAGUGAAAGGAUACAAAGAAGGAGAGCUGAGAUCCAGUACUAAGACAGUACAGGACGGUGUAGAAGUGUGACUGUCGUGCUGCAGAAUGGGAAAUUCUUCAUCCCCAGGCAUGUCAACUCUAUCUCCGUGCAUACUGUAGUUCCUGCAGGUCGGGAGAGAAGAAAGGGUCACAUGAUCUCCUCUGGGGAUGCAGAGUUCCCGCGUGAGUACCACACCCUGGGCCACGGCGGCACGCGCCGUUUCCCUCACAACAACAACAACAACGGGGGGCUGGUGCCAACCUCUGGGAACCGCCAACGCCACAACGCCAUCGCUGCCAAGAGCCUGGAGGCCCUUACGAACCUUCACAAGGCUGACAUAAAGCGCCAGCACGAAGCCUUUAUGGACCUCCAGAAAAAUCAGAAGUACCCGGCCAGCCCCUGUAUGUCUCAGGGCCAGAGAUCACCUAACUGUGGCCGCCAACAGCAGCAACAGCCAAACUACUGGAGCUUCAAGGCCCGUACCCCCCGUGUGAUCCGACGCAACCCCGACCAGCCGGCUCUAGCCGACCAGGCCAGCAGGGUGUCCUUUGCCUCGGCUGAGAGUCUAGAAACCAUGUCUGAGGCCGACGUUCCCCUCGGGUUCAACCGCAUGAACCGCCUCCGCCAGAGCCUGCCGCUGGCACGCUCAUCCAGCCAGGCCAAGCUCCGUGCGCCAGGCAUUCUCUUCCUCCAGCUGGGCGAGGAGACGAGGCGGGUGCACCUGACCCACGAGCUGACCAGCCUGGAGACCCUGAGAGCCCUCAUUGUCCACAUGUUUCCCCAGAGGCUCACCAUGGCAAUGCUAAGGUGCCCCAGCACGGCCCUGCUGAUUAAGGAUGAGGCCCGUAACGUAUUCUAUGAGCUGGAGGACCCACGAGACGUCCAGGACCGCUGUGUCAUCAAGAUCUACUGUAAGGAGCCUGUCUACGGCACCUACCCCGGACACCACAACCCACAUCUGGCCAACGGAGACCUCCGGAGGGAGAUGGUGUACACGCCCCAGCAGGAUUCUCCAUCCAACCGUCGCCUCAGCAAUGCCCCCGCCUCCUCCUCCGCCUCAACCCCCUCCAGCUCCCCGUCCCGCGUCCGUCUUCUCUACAGUGGCGGUGGCCGUCCAUCCUCCUAUGCCGGGCAACCUCACCUCCAGCACCACCCCCACACCCACUCCCUCCCCCACCCCCACCCUCACCACCUCUCGCCCGGGGGCCAGAUUGCGGCCCACCACCUGCAGCAGCAUCACCCCCAGCAACUCCAGCCCCAGCACCACCAUCUCCAGCACCAUGCCCAGGCUAGCUUCUCCCCCAGUGCCAUCCUGGAGCGGAGGGACGUGAAGCCCGAUGAGGAGGUCCACGGUAGUGGCUCCAGAAGCAUGGUGCUCCUGCGGGGCGAUGGAGGGGGGAUCUAUGCCGACCCCUAUUCCCUGGGCCAGGAAGGGGGUCGGCUUAGUCUGGCUGGCCCCCACUCCCCCCUACCCCCGAGGGGGGAUCCCUAUGGCUCUCUCUACCGGCGAGGAGGAGGUGGUGGUGGAGGGUUGGGACCCGGCUCCGUGCGCUCCCUCACUUCCUACUCGGCGGCGGCUCUGCAGGGAGAGCUGAUGGACAGCGGCAUCCUAUACAGGCCUGGAGGCCCGCUGUAUAAUGAUGCUGCCUACGCCGCGUCCAUGUUGGCCAUGGGUUUCCGGGUGCCACCCCCCUCGUCCCCGCAGAAGAUCCCUGACAUGAGGGACUCGUAUUCGGGCACCAUGCCCGGCCGGGGCUCCCCUGGGAGGCAGACCCUGCGGAGGGACUCGGUGUCCUCCUCCGUGUUUGGGGAAAGUGCCAAAGCUAGGUGUCAGGGGUCAGGGUUGGGGUCAGAUCAGCUGUGUCUGAUGGCUGGACCUGGAGGGGAGGGCGGUGGUUUCAGUUCAGCACCAGGUUUUAGUUCACCUCUACCAGGCAACGAGACCGAGACCAGGGGGCGCAUGGAGGUCAUGGAGAAACAGAUAGCCAGCCUGACUGGUCUACUGCAGACUGUUCUGACCAGGGGACCAGAGGCAGAUAGCCCGGAUAAGAUUGAGACGUCCAGUGACUGCUCGGGAACAGACACUGGACGGUUAAAAAAAAAGAAAGCUCUGACGCCAUCGGCUCCGUUGGCCCUGAUGCCGCCCCCGCCCACAGGGUCCGCCCAGUCACUGACGGUGUCGCGGCUGCAGAUGCAGAACCACCUGCAUGGCCUGCAGCAGAACACCAGCAAGCUGCGCAUACAGCUGUCCCAGCUGCGCGACAUCCAGUUGGAGAACCAGGACUCGGUGCAGUCCCUGCUGAGGCAGACGGAGUCGGAGCUGAGCCUGAUGAUGCUGGAUGCCAUGCGGACCCAGGAGGACCCUCUGCAGAGGCAGCGUCUCUUAGUGGAGGAGGAGAGACUCAAGUACCUCAACCAGGAAGAGCUGCUCAUCCAGCAGCUGCAUGAUCUGGAGAAGUCAGUGGAGGAACUCCAGAGGAACUCGUCAGUCAACCAUGGCCUGGUAACAGAGCAGGACGUGGAGCAGAAGAGCCUGGAGCUCAGGUCUUUGGGAGAGACCCUCACAGAGCUCAAGAACCAGUUCCCCAGUCUGCAGAGUAAGAUGCGGGUGGUGUUGAGGGUGGAGGUGGAGGCUGUCAAGUUUCUGAAGGAGGAACCACACAGACUGGACACACUGCUGAAACGCUGUAACACUAUGACCGAUACACUGACCACACUACGAAGUGUAUUGUAUACCACCUGUACGUACAGAAAAGUGACCGAGGGCCUGUGGAAGGGCCAGGAUGACAUCUGCAGCCAGUCAGCCAAGCGAACUGAGGACACAGGAAAGAACUCGGACCUCGACAUCCUGACCAGUCCACCGCUCAGCCUCAAUGACCUGGGUGGCAGUGCCAGCCUUGCCAACUGGAUGCCCAUAUCAGGCAGUGACCCGGACACCUCGGGACCUGAGCAGGAUCCCCACCCUACAGCCAGCUACAGAAGCCGGGUCCUGGAUGAGCUGCCGAGCCGCCGCGGUGCUGACAAAUCAGUGUCCGUGGAGGUCAGACUGGCUGCAGAGCGGGACUGGGAGGAGAAGCGGGCCAGUCUGACCCAGUUCAGUGCCCAGGACAUCAACCGUCUGCUGGAGGAGACACAAGCUGAGCUGAUGAAGGCCAUCCCAGACCUGGACUUCGCUGCCAGGCAGAUCAACAAGCCCGUGGUGCCCCCCAAACCUCACCCCAAACCUCAGUUUACCACCCCUGUCACUACCUCCACCAGCGCCUUCACCACCUCUAGUACCCUCACUACUACCAGUACUGAGCACCAGCCCAACAAGGUCCAGAUCACUGCCUUGAAGCUGGAGGGGGGCUCACGUCGCGGAUCUGCGGAGAUGACCGUAACCAGGUAUCGCACUGAGAAACCCUCUAAGUCGCCGCCUCCACCCCCUCCUCGCCGCAGUUUCCCAUCAGCCCAUGGGCUCACCACCAAUCGCACUGGAGAAGUGACCGUCACCACCAAGAAGAAGCUGGAGCCAGAAGACGGAGAGGCCCCGAAGACUCUGGUCAAGCUGAGAAGGACACCGUCUGACGCCCCUCGCCCUGCCUCCACUCCCCCCGUCAUCGCCGCCUCAGCGAUUAAAGAUGAAGACCACGACGAGCGGAUCAUUGCUGAACUAGAGAAUGCCAGCAACUCACCAGGGGCAUCCAAAGGACCUCAGUCGACUGUAGCGGCCAGACUGAAGCACCUCCAGCAGGGCAGCCUGGAGAGGCCCAAGACCAGGAAGCAGAGAGAGGACUUCCCCAAGAUCCAGGGCCAACAGCAGGUAUUCCACUUCUAGAUGGGCCCUCCUCAGAGGAGUUUUCCUCCUCAGAACAGCUCUGGUGGCGUCCUGUGACAUUGACAACUACCCCCUCUCACAGCUGUCUGGGGCAACUACUGGGCUAUUUCAAGACUAUACUGGGAUACAAUAUGUUAUCAGUGAUGAAAAAAGGGGUGGGCUCAUCUGAAAUGUUUUGACUUUGAGCUGUGCCAAGUGGUUGGAUUCUAAGUGGAUUGUGUACAGAGCGUGCUCUUUCCCUUUGGCUAACAUUGAUGUUUUUGAGGAGACUAAGGUGGUGGGGAUAUUGUACCCUAAAUGAGCUGAGUGACAGCUAAAACUGUACUCCUUGAUAAUGCCACGGAAUAGUUUUACAUCUCAAUGUUGAACAGUGUUAAUUUUGUCAGCUAUUUUAGAUGUAGUUUUCAUCUUAGUCUUUUGACUAAAAUACCUUUUAGUCUUAGUCCCAUUUUAGUUAUUUCAUCCUUCGUAGUUUUAGUUAUUAACAGUCGACAGAAACUCUGGACAUUUUUUGUCUAGUUUUAGUCACUGUCAUUUUAGUUACAUUUUAAUCUGUGAUUUUUGUUUCUCCAUUAAAUCAUUAACAUUUA